AUGUCCGCGCAUCCAAUCGCCUGCGACGAUCCCCACUCGCGCCGCGGCGGUGGAGAUGGAGAGCUCCCGCAAGAAGCUCCGCAGGCCAGCAGCUCUCAGGCUCGCCAAGUCGUCAUCGCCGAUAUUACUCAACAGCAGCAACAGCCACCAUCCGCUUCGCCUCGACUUGCAGAUUCGCGCUACAACUCGAACCCCUCCGCGUCAGGACCGCCACCUCCGCAAGAACCCUCCUCAUCCUCUGUCCUCGCGACCUCCUCUUCCUCUUCUUCCUACGUGAUGAGCUCAAGCACGACUCCGGGCGGCAACAACUCUGACGACAAGCACCAACAACACAACAACAAUGGCACGACUCCCAGCGGGACAACGGAUUCUGCAACAAACACAACCGUGAUGGGCAGCGCGACGAAUCCGCCUCCAUCCUCGUCGCAGUCGCAUUUUCAAUCGCAGGUCCGAGCAGGAGGCGCUCCGGCGCGAGUCUACAUGAACGAGAAGAUCGUGCCUUAUCUCCUAGAAGGCAUGAAGGCUGUGACGAGAGACCAGUAUGUGGAAUCCCAUCCCAUCUCCCACGACAGUUUUUUAGUCGCAAGUUCUAACUCGUAUAUUACAUACAGACCUCCCAACCCCCUCCGCGUCCUGGGCGAAUUCCUCAUCCAGAAGAGCAACGAGGUCGAAAGUGGCGCGACCAGUACCAGCACCAGCACCAAAGUGUCCGAUUAA